CAUGUGUUGCCAUCAGAUAUUCUAUAAAAAAUAUCCGAAAAAGUGGAUGCUUGAAGUCAUAGAACUCGCAGUUGAAUUUGAGUAUAUCUUUUAACUAAGAAAUGCUUAACUUUGGCAGUUAUAUCAUCAAUAUCAGGGAUCCAGGCUGCUAUGGUGGUGUGCUACUUCUUUCUUGCAUAAUACUGGUUGGCCUGUUUGCUCUACAGCAUUCUGGAACCCACAGGGUUGGAUUCUUGUUUGCACCUAUAGUGACUAGUUGGUUGAUAGCUAUUUUUGUCAUUGGGCUGUAUAAUACUAUAUUUUGGAAUCCCAAAAUUGUAUUUGCUCUUUCUCCAUAUUAUGUCAUCAAGUUCUUUAAGGAAACUGGGAAAGAUGCUUGGAUUUCUCUAGGAGGUGUGCUCCUCUCAAUUGCAGGUACAGAAGCUAUGUUUGCAGAUCUUGGUCAUUUCACUGCCUCCUCAAUGAGGAUAGCAUUUCCAUUUUUUGUAUACCCUUGCUUGGUGGUACAGUACAUGGGUCAAGCUGCUUUCCUGUCCAAAAACAUUGCUUCUAUUCCAAAUAGCUUCUAUAAUUCCAUACCUGACAUUGUAUAUUGGCCUGUCUUUGUUAUCGCUACCCUUGCAGCCAUUGUUGGUAGUCAGGCUGUAAUCACUGCUACAUUCUCCAUCGUUAAGCAAUGUAAUGCACUGGGUUGCUUCCCACGGGUCAAGAUUGUCCACACUUCAAAGCAUAUUAAAGGGCAGAUCUAUGUCCCAGAAAUAAAUUGGAUCCUAAUGAUUCUGAUCCUUGCUGUCGCUGUUGGGUUUCAGGACACCACUUUAAUUGGGAAUGCAUAUGUUAAGCCUACUAGUCUUUUGACAAUCUCUAUUCUAAUUCUUCAAAUUCCACUGUAUGACACUGCCUUCCUACAUUUCAUUCUCAUAGAAAGUAGACUAAUCCCCAUUAAAAGAUCUCCGCAACUAUCCCAAUUAUAUCACCCUCAGAAGUAGUUGAAUUUUUCUUAUGCAUCUGUCAGAGCUGUGGUAGUAUUAUAUUUAUUGGUAUGCAGGUGAAGAAAUAGAAUGUUGACGUAUCGAACAUUAAGCCGUCCAAUGUGCCUGAGCUAUAAUGUUCACAAGUAAUUCUGU